GUUUCUCGGACCUUGAAUUACCUGCUCCGACCUCGCGACCAUCUCAGCUAUCCGGGUUCGCGACUCAUCCUCUUCUCCUCCUCUCCCCCUCUCCUUUCUCCUUUUGUAUUCGUAUAUACACCUUUAAUUUUUCACAAUGUCGAACAUUUGGGACUCCCUCAGUGGCCGCAAACAAUCCAAGGGCUCCGAAGCCACGGCCCCCGAUGCAUCCAGCUUCCUUUCCGACCUCCCCGACCCUACUCAACUGCACCCUCUCGCCGGCCUGAACCAAGAUACCCUCGACUACAUCACUCUGGAAGAUUCCGCGCUGGACCAAACGCCCGGCUCGCGCUCCGUGCUGCCGUCCCGCGGCUGGACCGAUGACCUGUGCUAUGGAACCGGAACGACUUAUCUGGCCGCGUUGACUCUGGGUGGUGUGUGGGGUUUGGCUGAGGGAUUGCAGAAGACGCCUGCGUCAGCUCCGCCCAAGAUUCGUCUCAACAGUGCGUUGAACUCCAUCACGAGACGAGGCCCGUUCCUGGGCAACUCGGCCGGUGUGGUUGCGAUGGUGUACAAUGGGUUGAACUCGGGUAUUGGCUAUGCGAGGGGCAAGCAUGAUGCCGCGAACAGCAUUGUGGCGGGUGCUUUGAGUGGAAUGGUGUUCAAGAGUACGAGGGGUGUGAAGCCCAUGGUGAUUUCGGGUGGUAUUGUGGCUACUAUUGCUGGUGGCUGGACUGUCCUGAGCAAGGCAUUCCUGUAAUUCAGCUAGCAACAUCACAGCCCCAUCUACUGUAUUUUAGCAACAAGCGAACCGAAUCGAAUCGAACCGAACAAGUCGAGUCGACUGUCCGUCCACCGCGUCCGGAAUCCAUAUGACAUGAUUGUAUGGCCUAGCAAAAGUGGAGGUACAUUUGGGUUGGUUUCCGCUGUAUUAGAACGGUUUCUUUUUGUCGUCUGUCGUCCUUUUCGUCUCACAUCUUCCCUCCGGCGUAUGAAGCAUUCUAUGUGGCAUUAUCCAUGGAUCGGACCGGCAUGGUAAUGGGUUUAUUUUAUUUUUCACUUUUCUGUACAUAUAAUGGUACUUGUUUGGCCGAUGAAGAGACUGGAUGAGUCUUGGUCUGCGCUUGAUGUCAUAGUGCCAAUGAAGAUUCAUGCUAUAUUCC